CAAGGCGAAGGUUCGAGGAGACAGUUUGGUCGCCAUUGUUUGCCUUGUAAAUAUUACCACAUUCCCUUGAGUUUACUGCUUUACCCCUGCAUUAAUCACGUUAUAUACCAAACGGUCUUCCACAAUGGUCGAUGAAGUUACUAUGUGUAACAGUCUUUUGAAAUGGCUGAACACAUUUGAGGGGGUUAAAGCUCCACAUUCAAGUGCAGAAGAACUCGUAGAUGGAGUCGCAUUAUGCGAAUGUCUGGCGGAAAUCGCUCCUGACUGGUUUGAUGAUGAAUGGACUUCAAAGAUUCGUAAAGACAUUGGUGAUAAUAGAAGACUCCGUCUCAGUAAUUUGAAGAAGCUGAUAAGAGGCAUCCAUGAUUAUUACACAGAAGUUCUCACUAUGGAUAUAGCUGGGUUCCCAAUGCCAGAUAUUAAUGCAAUAGCUGACUCUGCAGAUGUAUCUGAGCUUGCACGACUGCUGCAGCUUAUACUUGGAUGUGCCGUCAAUUGUGAGGACAAGCAAGAAUACAUCCAAGUGAUUAUGCAGCUGGAAGAAACAGUGCAACAUGUGGUGAUGACUGCCAUUCAAGAGCUUAUGACUGCUCGGGAUCAGACACAGAUCACCCCUGAAAUGUUUAAGGAGCUGGAAUCCCAGCACAAGCGAACCUUAGAGCAGCUGACAACUGCAAUGGUAGAGAAGGAGGAAUUAUCCCAACGCUGUCAUGAGCUGGAUGACCAGAUCACAUACCUCAGGGAGUCUGAGUCUACCAUGCAGAUAGAGAAUGAAAGGCUCCAUCAGCAGCUGAGUCAGAUUGACAUGGGUGAUAGAAGAGACAGCUUGACUACAGGAAUGUCAAAUCAAAAGCUCAGUCAAAUGAAACAAGAAAUUGAUCAACUAAAAGAAGAAAAUUUUAUACUUGAGACAGCAAGGGAUGAAUACAGGAUAAAAGCUGACCAGCUGGAAAGAGAUGUAGAAAUUCUGAAUGAAAAGAAUGAGCAGCUCCAGGGACUGGCAGAGGAAUCCCAACAGCUUAAAGAUGAGAUGGAUGUACUUCGCCACAUGCAAGAGAAAGUGUCCAAAUAUGAGUCAACCAUUGACAUGUACAAAAAAAAGUUAGAGGAGUUGUCUGACAUGAGAAAGCAGAUGAAAGCAAUGGAAGAGAAAAACGUCACAUACAUGCAAGAGACAAUGAAUCUCGAAGAGGACCUGAAGAAAGCUAAUGCGCUCAAAACACAGCUGGACACCUAUAAAAAGCAGGUCCAUCAACUACAAGUACAGAUGUCAGAACUCCAGAGAAGGACCGACAGGGCUGAAUUUGAAGCCAAAAAGGCCAAAGAAAAACUGGUGAAUUUAGAAGGCGAAAAUGAGCGGGUCAAGCAAGAGAAGGAGAACCUGAGGGAACAAGUCGAGGAGUUACAGCUCACCCAAGUGGCAGGGAGCAUUCCGAUGCAGAUGUCUCCUGGGACCCCCCCUGUGGAUACAUUCUCUGCUUUGUCACUCUCUCCUGAGGUCAAAGAGAAGCUGAUGAGACUAGAGCAUGAGAAUAAGAAACUGAAGGCUCAGAAAAAUGACGAGAAUGAAGAACAGACCCAGUUACUUCAGAGUCUACUAAAUGACGCAAACGAGAGAAAAGACCAACUGGAGAAAGAAAACAGAUCCCUUAACCAGCGCAUCAUGGAGAUGGAAAGUGAAGUCGAUGACCUCCGCAACCAGCAGAAGGCACAUGCCAGUGACCAGGACUCCGAACUAGACAUCAAGUACAAAGACCAUCUGGAUAAGCUGAGGGAAGCCAACGAGCAGCUGCAGAAGAAGAAGGCGUAUAUCGAUAGCUUGGAACCAAAAGUCUCCAGUAGCACUGAAAAAGUCAAUGAGCUACAGUCCAUGCUGUCCAAGAAAGAGAGCGAGAUGAAAGCGAUGGAAGAACGGUACAAGCGCUACCUAGAGAAAGCAAAGAGUGUCAUCAAGACGCUGGACCCCAAGCAGAACGCGGGUCAGUCACAGGAAGCGGUUGCCACGUUACGAAAUCAAAUGCAGGAGAAGGACAAACUUAUCGAAAAUCUAGAGAGAGACCACGAGAAGAUGCGCAUAACAAGGGAAAGAGAAGAGAAGUUGAUUGUUAGUGCUUGGUAUGAAAUGGGCAUGCAGCUGCACCGCAAGGCAGCUGAGGACAGGUUAGCGAGUAGUACGGGUGGGAUGUCAUUCCUCGCACGACAAAGACAAGCCUCCAGUCGACGAACCUCUACACCCUCCAGGACACAAAACAAUGCAGUAACGUCAAGGGACACAUAACGAUGCUAAAAUAACAGAAUAACAUGCAGUGUACAUUGGUAAAGCAAAAGGGAAUUUUUGCGCAAUUAAUGAUCGCCAAGACUGGAAGCACCAUAUCGUUUGUGCCAGGAUUCCUAUCGCCAUAUUCGCUAGUAUCUAGCUAGUAAAUAUACAUUUCCCGUCUCAGGGCUUCUCUGGGCGGAAGACGAUUUUGUACUUGAGCUUAUCAAAGCAUGUAUAGGUAAUAGCUCUAGUCAACACUAUCCUGUGUCGGGACAAAACCACAGUCAACUAGCGCUUAUAAAUAAACCUCCAGGCAGACGUACAAUAUAGCAUAUUAGGGGGCACUAACGCCAAGUUUGAGUAGGUAGGGGUGGGGGUUACAGGUUCGGGGAAGGGGAUGGGGCGGGAUCCCAGAAACCCUAUCACUUGGAUAAGUUGGCUGGAUAAGGAAUUAUCCACUAGUUAAUUAUUAUUUCUCAAGCCCGAAGGCCUAAUGAGCUAUUGACUCUGAGCUUGUGAGGGUGAGGAAUAAUUGUUCUAGUCAAAUCACACUAGAUAGUCAAUUUGUGCAGUCAGAAACGUCUGGUUUGGUUAUUUGUCACUUUUUGACUUUAAAAUCUAUCACUUUAAGGGUGUACUGACAUCUGUUGCUGAGGAAAAUUGAAUAUAGCAUAAAAGCUUUGUGGAAAGUUAUAUGGGUCUGAUAUUUGCCAAGUUGGCCACCACAAGUGUGCUGACUAUUAUGACGACGUUACCCAGUGACUUCAUAAUGUGACGCCAUAGAUACAGAUAAAAGCAAAUAUUUCAAGUAAAAAUUGCUCGAAAACAAAUAUUAAAUAGGUUUUAUGAAUCUUGAGGGAUUGGCGCAUUAAGCCAAACAUGCGUUUUAGAAAUGAUUGAGUAUUUGUUUUUUUUUAUGAUUUUUCAUAGGUCCUGAAAUCCAUAUUAUUUGAUAUAAUUUUGGUUUCUGUUAGAUUAACACUAAAUCCAUGCUUAGCUAUAUGAAGGAGAAUUUUAUAAAAAGGAAUACAGCAAAAUAUUGCGUUUUGAAAUAACUUGGCGGCAAAAAAGCUUUUUUUAGAAAACGCAGAACCGGAAGUGAAAUAAAGCCCGCGCGUGCUCAUUCGGCCUGCUCAGACACACUGAUGAUGAAAUUUAAAUGAAGUUUAAAAACAAAAUCCAAUAGUGUUUCAUGGUAUAUAUACAUUAAAGGAACGACAUCCGUCAUGUCAUGGUUAAAAUUGAAAAAGUAUUUUAAAAUUCUGAUAUAGCGCGCGCUACUUUGAAAUAAAAUUUUCAGUGCGUGCGCGAUCGUUCGGUGUUUGCAGCGCGCGCAGGUAGUGAAAAUUGAAAACUUUGGCUUAAUAAAGGUUGGCUUGACUAAAUCUUCGCUGAAUCUUCGUUUUUACAAAACAUUGGAAAUAUCAUCACCCGAAAAGGCUGAGAUCAACUUGAAGUCAAUUUUUGGGAACUUGAAACGCAUAUUUUUAUUGCUUUUACUUCAGGAAAGCUUGGAAUGACGAAUUCCGUGUUAUGUAUAUGCGCGCGCUCAACGCCACCAGCGUAGCAACGUCGUUACUGAGCAACACUAAUGUCAGUACACCCUUAGAAUGCAGCAUCCAUAGAUCACUAGUAUGAUUUGCAGAUAACUCUUAUUUUGCCCUCUAAACAGAAUGCAGCAUUCAUAGAUCACUAGUAUGAUUUGCAGAUAACUCUUAUUUUGCCCUCUAAACUCGGCCUAAAACUAUAACAAUAGAAGCUUUGAUGAACUCGGCCAAAUGGCCAGAAGUGGGCGGUUCAGGUGGAAAAGGAGUGAGGGAACGGUUCAAAGUGAUUGUGACAGGCAUUCGAAACCAGUCUUUAAGAUAAACUAUCUAGACUCAAAAAUGUAUAUAGAAGGAAAAAAGUUUGCAAGAAAAAGGCCCAGUGAAGAAAACGGAACAUAAAAAUUAAAACUGGAGCGUCGAUAUAUACAAUAUCCGACAUAUGAGUGGAAACAGUGGGAAACCCGCCCCGAGAAAUAUGGAAUAAUCCCCGAAUGAAAUAACUUUUUGGAAAUGAUGGGGUAUUUAAUAGCCUUUUAUAUCAAGCUUUUUUCAACAUUACAGUGUAAUAAAACAAUUUCUCUUUUUAUUUAUCCAUAAAUGACCAACCCAUGUAAGCUAAGGAAAGAGCGUCUUUAAUCUAACAAUAGAGUGAAUAAAACAGAUAAUUUUAUUAACAAUAAAGUGAGAGUUCCAGAAGUA